UCUUGACUGUUGAACAAAUAAUUUCAUUGUAGAUUCUCACUCUCAACAGAACAAACAAAAAAAAUAAUUUAAUACAAUAUUCGGAAAUCAGUUCGAAAGAUAUAUUAUUAAAAUGGCUACAAAACCAACAACAUCCUUGUUGCCUUAUGUGAUUGAUUUGUUGAGUCGCAAGAAAAGUCUUUGUACCAAUGUAAAUUCGUUAUGCGAUGAAAUCAAAGAUGCUGUAAUACAAGAUCAUAUCCGAAACUUUGAUUCACUGAAAGAUGCCGUUGAAUUCGCCAUCGGUGUAGGCAUGGAGUUGGGCAUUUUGGCCAAAUCCAAAGGAGGAUAUAGAUUGCCAUUUACAUUCAAUACAAUGGGAUCUAAACCAAUGGUGGAUCGCAUUACUGCAGCUCAAGGUCGUGCUGCCAUUAGACGCAGGAUGCCAGCUAAAAACAAAUUGAAUUUGGGAAAGACCGUAAAAAAAGUACAAGUCAAACGUCCAAAACUGGCUGUAGGUCGUGCUCGCCGUAAUCGUCCUGUAAAGCGUACACCUACCACUGCCGCUAAGAAAUAAGAUCCUUAAUCUCAUAUCUAAGUUUAAUAAUGUUUAGAAAAUUGAUUACCAUAUCCAAAUUAUUACAAUGAAUAAGAAAAGGAAUCAAGUACUGGGCCAAGCAGUUUAUAGACUUGAUUUUCCUUACAAAAUUGUCAUACUGUCAUAAUAUUGUAUUUUAAAAUACAACUUGUAAUGUUUUAAAUUUGAACAUUAAUAACUCUUUGGACGCAAACAUA